AUGGACAGUCCUCGGUCGGACGUAGGCCGCUGGGGCGGAAACUCCUGGCAGCCCACUGCCACACCUUCGCCAGAACCAGAGCCAGAACCAGAGCCAGGCAGACGUUCCCGGCGCUCCGGCCGCUCCUUCUGGGCUCGCUGCUGUGGCUGUUGCUCAUGCCGGAAUGCAGAUGAUGACUGGGGGCCUGAGCCCCGUGACAACCGAAGCUCCAGGGGUCGAGGGUCCAGCGCUGGGGCCAGCACUGGGGCUCGAAGACCUGGCUCCCGGGGCAGCGGUGUGAAUGCCUCCCGGGGCAGCGGUGUGAAUGCAGCUGGAGAUGGCACCAUCCGAGAGGGCAUGCUGGUAGUAAUUGGCGUGGAUAUGCUAAGUUCACGCUCAGACCGGAACCGCCAAGAGCACCACACGGACGAGUUUGAAUAUGAGGAGUUGAUUUUGCGCCGUGGGCAGCCUUUCUGUGUAGUCCUCUUCCUGUCACGGCCCUAUGAGUCCUCUGAUCGCAUCACCCUGGAGCUGCUCAUUGGCAACAACCCUGAGGUGGGCAAGGGCACCCGCGUGAUCAUCCCAGUGGGUAAGGGGGGCAGCGGGGGCUGGAAGGCCCAAGUGACCAAAGCUGAUGGGCAGACUCUGAACCUGAGAGUCCAUACCUCCCCCAACUCCAUCAUCGGCAAGUUUCAAUUCACGGUACGCACACACUCAGAUGCCGGAGAGUUCCAACUGCCCUUUGACCCCCACAACGAGAUCUACAUCCUCUUCAACCCCUGGUGCCCAGAGGACAUCGUGUAUGUGGACCAUGAGGACUGGCGGCAGGAGUAUGUGCUCAAUGAGUCUGGAAGAAUUUACUAUGGGACUGAAGCACAGAUUGGCGAGCGCACCUGGAACUACGGCCAGUUUGACCAUGGGGUGCUAGACGCCUGUCUGUACAUCCUAGACCGGCGAGGGAUGCCAUAUGGGGGCCGCGGGGACCCAGUCAGUGUCUCCCGGGUCAUCUCCGCCAUGGUGAACUCCCUGGAUGACAAUGGGGUCCUGAUUGGAAACUGGUCUGGCGAUUAUUCCCGAGGCACCAACCCAUCAGCAUGGGUGGGCAGCGUGGAAAUUCUACUCAGCUACCUACGCACUGGCUAUUCAGUCCCCUAUGGCCAGUGCUGGGUCUUUGCUGGCGUGACCACAACAGUGCUGCGCUGUCUGGGCCUGGCCACCCGGACCGUCACCAACUUCAACUCUGCACAUGACACAGACACAUCCCUCACCAUGGACAUCUACUUUGAUGAGAACAUGAAGCCACUUGAGCACUUGAACCAUGAUUCUGUUUGGAACUUUCAUGUGUGGAAUGACUGCUGGAUGAAGAGGCCAGAUUUGCCAUCAGGCUUCAAUGGGUGGCAGGUGGUAGAUGCCACACCCCAGGAGACCAGCAGUGGCAUCUUCUGCUGUGGCCCCUGCUCUGUGGAGUCCAUCAAGAAUGGUCUGGUCUAUAUGAAGUAUGACACACCCUUCAUUUUUGCUGAGGUGAACAGUGACAAGGUAUACUGGCAGCGGCAGGACGAUGGCAGUUUCAAGAUUGUGUAUGUGGAGGAGAAGGCCAUCGGCACACUCAUCGUCACAAAGGCCAUCGGCUCCAACAUGCGAGAGGACAUCACCCACCUCUAUAAGCACCCAGAAGGCUCAGAAGCAGAGCGGAAGGCAGUGGAAACAGCGGCUGCCCAUGGCAGCAAACCCAACGUGUAUGCCACACGCGACUCAGCUGAGGAUGUGGCAGUGCAGGUGGAGGCACAGGAUGCUGUGACAGGGCAGGAUCUGACGGUCUGUGUGGUGCUGACCAAUCGCAGCAGUAGCCGCCGCACUGUGAAGCUGCACCUCUACCUCUCAGUCACCUUCUACACAGGCAUCACUGGGUCUGUCUUCAAGGAGGACAAGAAGGAAGUAGUCCUAGCACCAGGGGCCUCGGAACGUGUGGUCAUGCCUGUGGCCUACCGUGAGUACCAACCCCACCUUGUGGACCAGGGGGCCAUGCUACUCAACAUCUCAGGCCAUGUCAAAGAGAACGGGCAGGUGCUGGCCAAGCAGCAUACCUUCCGUCUGCGUACCCCAGACCUUUCCCUCACGCUAUUGGGAGCAGCAGUGGUUGGACAGGAGUGUGAAGUACAGAUUGUCUUCAAGAACCCCCUGCCCGUCACCCUCACCAAUGUUGUCUUCCGGCUCGAGGGCUCCGGGUUACAGAGACCCAAGGUCCUCAAUGUCGGGGACAUCGGAGGCAAUGAGACAGUGACACUGCGCCAGACGUUUGUGCCUGUGCGGCCAGGCCCCCGACAGCUCAUUGCCAGCUUGGACAGCCCACAGCUUUCCCAGGUGCAUGGUGUCAUCCAGGUGGAUGUGGCCCCAGCCUCUGGAGGCAGGGUCUUCUCAGAUGCCGGAGGCGACAGUCACUCAGGGGAGACCAUCCCUAUGGCGUCUCGAGGUGGGGCAUAGCCCUGGACCAGGAGCAAUGGGACUGGAGUCAGAUGAGCAAGGACACUACCCCAAGAUGGGACACUGCCACCCCACACAGAGUGACUCUGCAGGGCCUCAGGUGGGGAGGCCCUGUCUCCUGGGGAUCUUCACUUGCAAUUGGUGGCACAGACGCUAAUAAAUUGUUUUUUUUUAAUGAA